UGUUAGUUGAUCCUACAUGAGCUAUCCAUCUCGAUGCGAUCAAGUCCAGGGGUAUAUCGACCAGCAAUGCAAUAAAGCCCCAGCUCAAAACAAUCGACAAGUGCCAAGUCCAUGACGCAAUGAAAACACCACCACAAUCAUCAACCCACAUUGCACCAACUUCUCUAUACCAUCACCUCCAAAUAAUAGUCCUCUAGUUUACAAACCCGCUGAUAAGUAAAUAUCAAUAAACCCACCGAUACCCCCUUACACAAUGCAAGUCCUCCUCCUCGGCGGCCACGGCAAGGUAGCCCAGAAAUUAACCCCGCUCCUGCUCGCCCGCGCCUGGAACGUCACCAGCGUCAUCCGCAACCCCGAGCACGAGAACGCGAUCCUCGCGUUAGGCAAAGGCGCAAGAGGCAAACUGUCCGUUCUCAUAUCCAGCCUCCAGGACGUGAAAAGCGACGAUGACGCGAAGAAGAUCAUCGACGCCGUGUCGCCGGAUUAUGUAGUUUGGUCGGCCGGAGCCGGAGGCAAAGGCGGCCCCGAGCGCACCUUCGCCAUCGACGAAAAAGCGGCAAAGCACUUCCUUGCUGCGUCGUUCGACUCGCCUCGCGUCACCAAGUUCCUGCUCGUCUCGUGGCUGGGUAGUCGACGGCUCCAUCCGAGCUGGAUGUCAGAUGAGGAUUGGGCGAGUAUUCAGAACGUUUUUAAUAAUAUUCUUCCUGUGUAUGCCAAGGCCAAGCUCGAGGCGGACGAGUACAUGACUGCGUUGGCGGCGCGGCGCAAGCAGUCCGACGGGCCGAAGCUGCAGGCGAUCUGUCUGCGGCCGGGGACGUUGACUGAUGAGCCUGCGACGGGACGGGUGGCACUGGGGAAGACUAGGGGCCAGGGGAAGGUGACGAGAGAGGAUGUUGCCAGAGUGGCGGAUCAGCUGCUGGCCAGGGCGGAUACAGAGGGUUGGUAUGAUUUGUUGAAUGGGGAAGAGCCGAUAGAGGAGGCUGUUGAACGAGUAGCGCGGGGAAAAGUGGAUGCGGUUGAUGGGGAAGAUGUUGAUGGCAUGGUGAAGCGCUUCUUCCCGUGAUUGUGCAGCUUACAGGUUGGCCUUAUAAUGAAGAAACUACGAUUGUCAUGACAGGUAUCCUCAUGUUUCUCGAUGUUCGUUAUAUACAAGAUCUAUUAC